AAGUUAAUAUUAUUGUCGUCUGCUUCGAAGAGGGUCACCAAAGAGAAACAGUGGAAGACCAAAUAUGGAAUUCCCCAGUGAUGACGUCAUCAGAGAGCUGGAGAACAGAGAGUACAGUAUAGAGGGAUAUUUCUCCAAGUCAGAACUGGCCAAACUCUCUAAGGUGGAGCUGCAAAGAUACAAGAACAUGAGGAAGAACUAUGAGAUAAUGCUGGCUGUUGGAUUACCAGCAGUGAUGCCUGAGUUUAUGAAGGGACCCAGGUCCAGAGGAAAAAGAAAACUCAAGAAAGUGGAAUCAGACAGCGAUGAAGAAUGGACUCCUUACAAGUCUACGAGGGAAAAGAAACAAACAAUUAGGUUUUCUUUCCCUGAAAAGGUGCAAAAGGAAAAUAAACCAAGAAAAAUAAAGACUGAGAAAAAUACGAAAAACAUGAAGAAAACAGAGUCACAUACAUAUCCACUUAGAGUACAAGAAAGACUUAAUUACAUGGACGUUGAAGUGCCAGAUGAUGACGAUUUUAUAUACUGUGAGGAAUGUAACCAGGAACAUGAAGGUGACUGUCCAAUACAUGGUCCACUGUUAGUGGUCACUGAUACAGAGAUAUAUAGAAAGGGGCAUCCAAGUCAUUUUGUGAAUGCUUUUAAAGAACCGUUCAGUAACUGGAUGAGAUAUGUCAACUGCGCUAGAUCAGAAUCGGAACAAAACCUGGUGGCCUUUCAGUACAAGGGACAGAUCUAUUACAGAUCUUUUAAAGACAUCCCUGCAGGGACAGAACUCUUGGUAUGGUAUGGUCAUGAAUAUGGUAGAGAACUAGGAAUAUAUAGAGAAGAAAUGGAUGUUCCUCCAAAAUUUGUAAAUGGAGAGGUCUUCAGCUGUCCUUGGUGUGAUAUGGGAUUCAUGAUCAGUUACAAGGAAUAUCUGGCAAAAAACUGUAAAUACAAGCAUGGACAUAGUUUUUUAAGGUGCAUUAAGCCAUAUACAGGUGAUGAUAUUUUCCGUUGUCCAUAUUGCAACGUUUGCUUUAGUACACCAGACUUUCUAAAGAGACAUAAAUUAUAUUGCAAGAAGAAAGAAAAAGAAAAUUGUGACAGUGCGAAUUCAGACAGAUCAUAUUCCAAAGAGGUUGAUAACCAAGUGAAAGGGACCGUUUUAAAUAUCUUCUGUAGAUCAAAUGUAUUACAGAGCAGUAUAGUUCACAGAAAAAAUGCCGUCAUAUCUGAUACCAUCAUCAAAGUGAAUUCUCAGAAUAAAACAUGUAACUGUGAUACAUGUAUGACUCAGACUGUGUUAAAUAAAAGGGAACAUUUACACAGGCACAAUAUAACACAAACAGUAAAUGAAUCACAUCAAUCUGAUGUCUGUAGAAAGGGUUCCUUAGAGAAAUACAAGGAGGUACAUACCAGUGAUAAGCCUUAUAAGUGUGAUGUUUGUGGGAAGGCAUUCAGCCACUCACAGAAUUUGAAGAGUCACACGAGGACACAUACAGGUGAUAAACCUUAUAAAUGUGAUGUGUGUGGGAAGGCAUUCAGCCUCUCACAAAAUUUGAAGAGUCACAUGAGGACACAUACAGGUGAAAAACCUUAUAAAUGUGAUGUGUGUGGGAAAGCAUUCAGCCAGUCACGUCACUUACAGACUCACAUGAGGACACAUUCAGGUGAUAAACCUUAUAGAUGUGAUGUUUGUGGGAAGGCGUUCAACGAUCCAUGUAACUUUCAGAAACACAUAAGGAUACAUACAGGUGAAAAGCCUUAUAAAUGUGAUGUAUGUGAAAAGGCAUUCACUCAGUCAAGCACCUUACAUACACACAUGAGAACACAUACAGGUGUUAAACCUUAUAGAUGUGAUGUUUGUGGGAAGGCGUUCAUCGCCCCAGGUAACUUGCAGAGACACGUGAAGACGCAUACAGAUAAACCUUGGAAAUGUGAUAUGUGUGGGAAGGCAUUCAGUCACUCACAAAAUUUGAAGAGACACAUGAGGACACAUACAGGUGAUAAACCUUGUAAAUGUGAAGUGUGUGGAAUGGCAUUCACUCUGUCAAGUUCCUUACAUGCACAUAUGAGAACACAUACAGGUGAUAAACCUUAUAAGUGUGAUGUUUGUGGGAAGGCAUUCAGCCACUCACAGUAUUUGAAGAGUCACAUGAGGACACAUACAGGUGAAAAACCUUAUAAAUGUGAUGUGUGUGGGAAAGCAUUCACUCAGUCACAUCACUUACGUAGUCACAUGAGGACACAUACAGGUGAUAAACCUUAUAGAUGUGAUGUUUGUGGGAAAGCGUUCAACGAUCCAUGUAACUUUCAGAAACACAUAAGGACACAUACAGGUGAAAAGCCUUAUAAAUGUGAUGUAUGUGAAAAGGCAUUCACUCAGUCAAGCACCUUACAUGCACACAUGAGAACACAUACAGGUGUUAAACCUUAUAGAUGUGAUGUUUGUGGGAAAGCAUUCAGCCACUCACAAAAAUUGAAGAGACACGUGAAGACACAUACAGGUGAUUAACCUAGUAAAUGUGAAGUGUGUGGAAUGGCAUUCACUCUGUCAAGUUCCUUACAUGCACAUAUGAGAACACAUACAGGUGAUAAAUCUUAUAAAUGUGAUAUGUGUCGGAAGGCUUUCAACCAUUCGCAGAACUUACAGACACACAUGAAGACACAAACUGGUGAUAAACUUUAUUAAUGUGAUGUUUGUCGGAAGGCAUUUAGCGACGCGGGUAGCUAUAUAAAUAUUCAGAGAUAUGAUGUGUGUGGGAGACAUUCAGCCAGUCAAGUGAUGUAUGAUAA